CACGCGCGUACACUAGAGCACGGUGUGCGGUGUGCGAGCACGCUCUAAACACACACUCACGCCGUACCCCUUAGGCCAGCAGCAGCAGCAGCAGUGGCAGUAGCAGCUUGCGCCGAUCCCAACACCGGGAGAGCCCGUUUGUUGAACAACAACUGUGCGAUUCGCAGCACGCACCACCUCUGCACGGAGCCGAAGCCGUCGUCGUCAUCGUCUUUGCCGUUGUACCCGCGCCGCCAAUCAUCGUCGUCAUCAUCGUCGUCAGCCGGGACGGCGCGAGUUCAGCUUCAUUUCGAUGUAACUUUCCGACUUUCAUGGACGUGCGUGUCGUCGUCGUCGUCGUUCCGGUACCGGUGUGCUUUGCGGGAAGCUGCAGUGUUUAGUGUCUAAAAUUGGUGGUGUGCAGCGCGUUUCUAGUUGUUUUUUUUUACUUUCGUUCAGUUUAGUUCCCAAAACAUUUGGCCAUAUUUUGGCCCUCGCCCACAAAAAAGGCAGCGCAGUUUUUUUUUGUUUUGCCCUCUGUUUUGGGUAGGAGUUUUUCUCGUUUUUCGUCGUUUUUUUUUUGGUUUUGAUUUUGAUUUUCACCCGCGUGUGCUGUGUGUGAGUGGUCGUGAACGGUGUAAAGAGUGAUUUUUUUUUGUCGGUUUCGGCCAUCGGAGCAUACCUUUUGCUGCAUUUAAGGGCCAUUUCUGUCAAUCGAUCGAAGCACUCGACGUUUUAUGAAGAGACGCCACGCCGAACAUCAUCGACACACCCGCGCUGGCAAAUAGACCAAAAAAAGAAACAUUCGUUUUGAAAAAGAAGAAGAAGAAGAAAAACGUCCUCCUCCCCACUACACUCCGCCGGAAAGUAGUGAGACGUACGUUGUGUGCGUGUGUGUACGUAUGUGACAAGUUAGUGACAAGAGGUAAAAAAAAACCCCGUUGUGCCGCGGAAAGAAAGUUUGAUGCGCCGAAGACAAAUCACGUAGCAAAGGUGCAACAACAACAACAGCAAAAAAACGCAACCCAUUCAUAGCGGAAUAUCAUCCCUCGAGGGAGGUGGGAGUAAGAAAAAAAAGGCCGGAAAAAUCGACAUUUGUUUUUGGAACCGUUCCUUGACAAGUCCCGAGCGCGCGCGAGACGUAAACCGUUUGCACUAAACAUUCAGACAAAUUGUAGGAAUUGCGGGGAAGGAAAUUGUUGUGCGUUUUGUGCAAUUUUCCUCAUUUUGUAUGUGUGCGUGUGUGUGUGUGUGCGUUUAGUGUAAACCGCGUGUGAAGUAGUGCUUGCGGCUUGGUGGGUGAAAAGGUGCGUGCGGUAGCGUUUUUUUUUUUUUUUGGCGACACCACGGAUCCCCGCAACGGCUCCAAGAUUCUCUCGCUACAGCAUCCCUACCACCACCAUCAUCCGAACGCGGGCAGCACGCUGGAGGGCAGAACGAUCGAGUACCGGCCCGGUGGCGGGCUGGACUACCACAACUCGCCCCUGAUGGCGGAGAUACCGACCGGGGACUACAGCCACAUCCACCGGUCGAUCGAUCAGCUCCGCUCGAUGAACGAGCGGGGCGUGCUGGGGCAGCUGAACGCGCUGCAGCACGCGGCCGCCGCCGUCGGCAACGGGACCGACCUGCGGUCCGCGCUCGUCCACGACUACAAACCGUACAUUAGCGAUCUGCGCGCGAACGCCGCCAACGAGCGGCUGAUCGACUAUGCCGUCGUCCAGAAGCACCAUCACCACCAUCAGCAGCAGCAGCAGCAGCAGCAGCAGCAGCAACAGCAGCAGCAGCAACAUCAGCAACAUCAGCAGCAGCAGCAGCAUCCUCACCAGCAGCAGCAACAGCACCAUCAGCACGCUCCGCCACACCUGCUGGAUGAUCGGACGGGCAACAACAACAACAACAACAACAACAACCAUGAAACCGAUCUGCGCAUGGUGGAGGACCACAAGCCUCCGCACUACAGUGCGCCGUCCACGCCGCCCACACCGCUAGCGAUCGUCGAGACGCAGAUGGCAGAGCCGGUGAAGAGAUACGGAAAAGGUCGUAAAAAGAUCUUCUCCGCGAAGGCGAACCUGGAGCUGCACGGCGGCACGCUGCAGAUGCGCGAAACCAAACCGUACAAAUGCACCCAGUGCACGAAAUCGUUCGCCAACUCGAGCUACCUGUCGCAGCACACGCGGAUACAUCUCGGCAUCAAGCCGUACCGGUGCGAGAUCUGCCAGCGCAAGUUCACCCAGCUCUCCCAUCUGCAGCAGCACAUCCGGACGCACACCGGCGACAAGCCGUACAAGUGCCGCCAUCCGGGCUGCCCGAAAGCGUUCUCCCAGCUGUCCAACCUGCAGUCCCACUCGCGGUGCCAUCAGACGGACAAACCGUUCAAGUGCAACUCGUGCUACAAGUGCUUCACCGACGAGGCGUCCCUGCUCGAGCACAUCCCCAAGCACAAGGACUCGAAGCAUCUGAAGACGCACAUCUGCCAGCUGUGCGGCAAAUCGUACACGCAGGAAACGUACCUGGCGAAGCA